UGCUUGUCAAUGUAAAAAUUGAUUGAUUACUGGAAAUUAAAUCCGAUCAUAUGGUUUUCUUGUCUCUGAGACCUUCCCACCCAACAAAACCUUUGGAGAGGCGAGGACAAUGCAACGACGCCGUUGCACGUCAGUGAGGAGACACCACCACCACCAUUACUCGGCGGAAUCGGAGAUGGAGACGACGGACUCGGAGGCGGAGAUGAUGAGGUGCAUAUCGUGCCAGGAGGACUACGACGCACGUGACGCCGGCACGUGCAAGGAGUGCUACGAGGAAGCCAACGAGACCGAGGAGGAGCUCAAGCGCGAGAUCGACGAUCUCAAAGCCAAGGUCGCUUUUCUCCGCUUCUCUUCCCCAAUCGAUUCCCCUCUCCAACUCCAAGCCUCUCGCUUUCUCCCCCCUUGCUUCUCCGACGUCGUUUUGGUCGCCUCCCAUGACUCCUCCGACUCCUCCGCCGCCGUCCCCAUUCCCGCUCAUAAGGCCGUCCUGGUGAGCCGUUCCCCCGUCUUCAGAGCCAUGCUCGAGAACGAGAUGGAAGAAAGCCGGAGUGGCACCAUAAAGAUAAGCGAUGCAUCAUACGAGGCCCUUCGCGCCUUUGUUAACUACUUGUACACUGCUGAGGCAUGCCUCGAUGAGCAGAUGGCGUGUGACCUUUUAGUACUGGCUGAGAAGUAUCAGGUGAAGCAUCUCAAGACAUAUUGUGAGAGGUUCCUUGUAUCCAAACUGAACUGGGAUAAUUCAGUUAUGAGCUACGCCUUCGCACAGCAGCACAAUGCUAAGCAUAUGCUCGAAGCGGCCUUGUCGAUGAUUACAGACAACAUGGACAAGCUUACUAAAAGAGAGGAGUAUUUGGAGCUUAAGGCGAAAGAUCCACGGCUUGUUGUGGAGAUCUAUGAAGCCUACCUCUCUAAACAGGUCAAUACAGCAGCCCAUAAGGAUUCUUCCCAGAAGACAUAGCCAAGCAAGGAUCACGAUUUUUUUGUUAUGCUGGUUUUGAAAGUAAAAUAUUGUUCUCCAGUUUGGGAUGUGGAUUUUGACCAGUACUUUUGUUCUCUAAUGUUAUAUCAAAUAUAGAUGACUUACGUUUCCUAAUUGGUGGAUAUACAAAUUGCAAAAAUUUCCU